AUGAAACAUCAUUUUAAUUAUACUGAUGAAUGUAACCCAUUUGGAGAUAAUACUUUAUCUACUCCAUUUGUUUGGAAAUUAAAAAACAAAUAUGAAAAAAUAAAACAUGGUAACAAAAAAAAAGUAACAACUAAUAGUUUACUUGAAAAUUCUUUAUCAAAAAUUAGUGAAAUAGAGCAAGUGAAAAAAAGGCGAGAAGAAAGAGAUAAAGAAAGAGCUAUGUUUGAGGAUUAUAAAAUUCAAUUAGAAAAACAAAAAAAUCAAAUUAAUAUUAAAGAAUAUAUUGAACAAGAAGAAUUAUUUUUUAUAAAUCAACAAAUACAAUCAUCAGAUAAUAGAAUAUCUCAUAAUCAUAUACAAAUAGUGGACAUAUUUAGAAUAGCAACUAAAAUUGAAAGUGGCGAAACUGUUCGAAAUGUACAUUUGGAAAAUUAUCGAACUCCAUUUUAUUACAUGUUAGAAGAUUUAAGCGAGCAUGAUCUGGAAAAUUGCGCCAAACAAAUAAAACUACUUAUAUCACAUGACAGGCUCUUUAAUGAAAAUAAAUAUCAUAAAUAUUGGAAUUCUCUUUAUUUUUUUUGCGAACAUUAUUUAAGCAAAUUAAAUGGUGAUGAAGAGCCUUAUAAAACUAAAGAAAUAGAUGAAAAAACAAAUAAAAAAAUUGAAGAAUUUUUUAAAAAUAAAGAUUAUGAUGAAUUAAUAACAUAUGAAAAUAAAAUAAAAAAUAAAAUAAUUACAAAUGAUAUUGAAAAUUUUGACUCUAUUUUUUGGAAUACCAUUUUAUUAAAAAUUCCUUUUUUUAAAGCCAAAUAUAUCCUUGACGAUUUUAGGAACAAAUUACUCAAAAAAGUUAACAUUACCAAUGACCAUUUUGAAAAAAAAAAAAAGAUAAGCCAGCAUAUGAGAACAAACCAAGAAAAAAAAGAAAUUGAUGAUAGUGAAAAAAUAAUUUUUGAAUGCAAAAGUAUCGAAUUGUUACCUCUUGAAAUGUUUGAAAAUGACGAAAAUAUUCAUGUAUAUUUACCACAUGAAGAAUUAGAAGAAAGAAAAGAAAUUAAUGAAAAUAUUUUCUUAAGAUUACAAAAAAAUAUUAUAGAUACUAAUAUAGAAGAAGAAAAAGAAGAUAAUUAUAUUAAAUAUGGAAAUAUAACAAAAAGUGAUAUUUUAGAAAAAGAUAAUAAAAUUGAUGAUAAUCAUUUUAAUAUGAUAAAUAAAUUGUUUACUAAAGAAAAACAAGUUUAUGAUAAUUUUGUUCAAAAAGAAAGACAAAAAGGAAAUAAAGACGGAAUAAUAUUAAAAGAUGUAACUUACAAAAGUAGUAAUAAUAUUAAUAAUACAAUAACAACUUUAAUAAAAAAUAAUUUAAUGGUAUCACGAAAACCAUUAUAUUUUAAUAGAAUAAAAACAUCUUUUGAUUGGAAUAAAUAUAAUAAAACUCAUUAUGAUUAUGAAAAUACACCACCAAAAUAUAUUUGUGGAUAUAAAUUUAAUAUAUUUUAUACAAAUUUAUUAAAUUCAAAUCAAAAACCCUCAUGGAAAAUAUGCUCUUGUGAUGAAGAAGGCGCAGUUUUAAUUGUUUUUCAUGGUGGUCCUCCAUAUAUAGAUAUUGCAUUUAAAAUUAUUAAUUCAGAAUGGUGUUAUGAUAAACAUAGAGGGUUUCGAAAUGUUUUUAGUAGAGGUAUCCUACAAUUAUAUUUUAAUUUUAAGAAGAAACGUUAUAGACGAUAA